UUCUCUUUUUUGACCAUGUUGGGUUGUCUUUUAGGAGACAAAGCCUUUGUUGAAUUCUUAACGGAUGAAAUUAAGGAAGAGAAGAAAAUCCAGAAGCAUAAAUCCCUUCCCAAGAUGUCUGGGAAUUGGGAGCUGGAAGUGAACGGGACAGAGGCUAAAUUAUCGCGCAAAGUUGCUGGAGAAAAGAUCACUGUCACUUUCAACAUUAACAAUAGUAUCCCUCCAACAUUUGGUGGUGGUGAGGAGGAGCCCUCCCAAGACCAGAAGACUGAAGAACAGGAGCCGGAACUGACGUCCACUCCCAAUUUUGUGGUUGAAGUUACAAAGAGUGAUGGCAAGAAGACCCUUGUGCUGGACUGCCAUUAUCCUGAGGAUGAGUUUGGAAACGAAGAGGACAGCGAUAUUUUCUCUAUCAAGGAAGUUAGCUUCCAGGCCACUGGUGACUCGGAAUGGAGGGAUACUAACUACACACUCAACACAGAUUCCCUGGACUGGGCCUUAUAUGACCACUUGAUGGAUUUCCUUGAGGACCGAGGGGUGGACAACAACUUUGCAGAUGAGCUGGUGGAGCUCAGUACGGCUCUAGAACACCAAGAAUAUAUCACCUUCCUCGAGGACCUCAAAGGUUUUGUCAAGAGCCAGUAGAACUGUCAGAGACUGGGGGCUUGGCUUUAAAUGGCAAGCUUUGGCCAGUGAACAAAAGCUACUUUGCCAUCAGAAGUAUGCUUAGCAGCCAUUUGGCUGCUUUCCUAAUAUCAUGGGAGGAAAAAAAAGCAAGUUUAAAUUAUUGCUGUUAUACUUCCAUUUACUAUUCAUCUGGAUAUUUUUCUCCUGUACAAAUCUAUUAUUUGUAGAUUUUUGUAUGGCAUAAUGGACAAUAAAAUUGGUUUAUUUCCUCCAA